AUGUUAAACCAAGUUGACGACCAGAGUUUUAAGAAGAUGAUUGACUAAACAAGUCCUUAAUCGACUACCACUCAAAAACUGUGUUUAAGAUUAGGAUAUGAUCCAAAUGAUCUCAUUUAUAAGUCUAUUUCAACUCUAUAUAUUAGAUCCAUUGAGUAGUUUCCAUCAGUUUCACCAGAAGUUCAAAUGAUGAGAUACAAUCAUUAUAAGAAUAGAGUAAUGAGAAUCAUCAAUGAGAUAUAAACGAAUAAACAAAGGCACAAAUUAGGAGAUCAAUCACUUAAGUAAAUAACCUUCAAUCAAUAGGAAAAUAAUAUCUCGAAUAUCAGCGAAGAAAGUGUUGUUAUUUAAGAAAAAAAGGAGAAAAAAGGUUUAUCUAGAGAAAAAAUAUUGCAAAAUCUGAUUUACUAAUAGUUAUAGGAGGAAAAGAAGAAUGUUGAGUAUCUUUAAAAACAAAAUUAAAAGUUACAGAACCACCAGAAUAUAUAAUUAAGAAAAAGUGAAACUAGUUUCUCCAAACUGAGGGUAAGAGAUGGCAAUAAAAACAAAUCUACCGAACAGACAGAUGAAUUCGAAUAAAGAAAUCUAUACCUAAUUACUUGUAUUGAAAAUGAAUCCAGAAUUUAAGAAUAAUUGCAAGGAAGAUUCCUAAAAAAGCAUUUCAAGCAUGAUAACUACACCGAAAGAGCUCAUGAGAAAAGAAAACAAUAGGAGAAUUAGUUUCAAUAAACCAUUACUGAAAGAUUGAACAAAUUGCAAUUAAAAGAAACCUAGGCUUAAACAAAGGUGGAGUUAUACAAAAAAGACAUGAAAAAUUACUUUGCUCAGAAAAACAGUUAGAUUAUUUUCAAAUAAGAAAAGAAAUCUCAAAUCAUGUAAUUUGAGUAAUAGCAAUACAUUAAACAACAAUGUGAAAAAAUGAAGAAAUUCCAAGAAAAUAAGUCUUAAUUGAUUCUUGAUGAAAAGAAGAAAAUCAAUGAGAGAAAAGAAAAGUAUAUCAAAAUGCUCAGGAAAUGUAAAGAAAGCAACUAUGAACAAUAAAAUAAACAUUAAGAAGGGUUCAGCAACACCUACUAAUAAUUAUUAAAGAAAUAAGAGCAGGUAAUAUCAAAUAAGGAGAAAUUGCUAGAACAGAAAUCCUUAAUACUCAAAGAUAAAUUAUAAUUGAAUUUGGAGGAUGUUGAAUUCAAUAGAGCUCAUGCUCAAAGGAUCAAACUAAAUACAUAGAUUAAAUAAAAUAACAAUAAGGAUGCAAAGUCACAAUAAUCCAGCCUAACUUCUGAUACAUGGAAACUGAAGUCUUAAUUGACACAAAAGGAAUCAGAAAAUUCAUUAUGGGAAAAGGCAAAGCAGGCAGCUUCUUUGUUUAAAGAUCCAAUAUAUUAUGAAUAAUAUGUUGAACAAUAACAAUUGGUUUUGCUUAAAAAGAAAAAGUCUUUGGAUUAAAAGUUUGCAUCCGCUGCUUCAAUAAUCAAGGAAAUAUUGCCUAAGCAUGAAGCUGAGAACUUACUUAUGCCAUCAGAAUUGAAAAAUUUUCUUGAAUAAUAAAGUCGUAUUAAAACUUAAAAGUGA